AUGAUGAAGAUCGCUUACGAGUAUAUAGGCCUCAGUGAGCCUACACAAGAAGGAGCAUCCAGUGGUGGUAGCAGCAAUCUGGCUAGAGGCGUCAAGGUCCUCGAGACCGUCAGCAGGUUCAUGCCGGGUCUUCUGUCGAUUAAGAUGGCCCUCGCUCAAGCUAGCAUCAACAUGGGCAGCCACGACAAGGCACUGCGACUCCUAGGGCAGUCCCUAAAGGCCGACCCAACUUACAUAGAGACCUACAUCCGUCUCGCUCGCCUCUAUAGUGCUCUCGGCCAGAAGGAUACAGCGGCUAAGUAUCUGGAGCAAGGCUUCGCCCAAGACUUCGGCAUCCGAUCUCAUCCGCUGUAUGCGGCGGUGCGAGCUGAGGGGCUUAUGAUUGACAAUCGUGUCCAAGAGGCGAUUAAGCUCCUGCGAGAGGCAAUCGAAGUUGACGGCAUACGACAGAAGACUGGCAAGAACCCCUCUCAAAAGGCCUCAAAAGGCUUGAGUUUCACACUUGGCGACAGGAGCAUGCUCUUCCGCACUUUCAUCGAAGCGCUCAACAUGGGCGAUUUGACAGUCGAGGCCAAGCGACUUCAAGAGGACGCGAUGGUGGAGUUCUCAGGAACAAACGAGGAGUCCACUAUAAUCGUGGCUGGUGCCGAGAUAGCUGUGAGGCGAGGCGACAUCGGGGAGGCCUUGACCGCUCUAAGCCGUGUUCCGCCGAGUAGUGCUAGCUAUACCAAGGCUCGCCUUGCCAUGGGGGAUAUCUUUAAGAAUCAUAAAAAGGAUAAGAAAGCAUACGCUCAAUGCUACAUGGACGUCUGCAAUCACGAGCCGAGUGCCGUCAACUUGACUCGUCUUGGAGAUGCUUACAUCACCAUUCUGGAACCAACUCUAGCCAUCGAGGCAUUCGAGAAAGCUAGGCGUCUUGAUAAGAGUAGCAACCACGCUAGUGACCACAACCUUGUGAAGAAGAUAGCUCGAGCGUGGACACAGAUGCAUGACUAUGAGAAGGCUAUUGAAUGCUACAAGGCGGCUCUCAAACGUGCCGACUCAAUGCCGAUUUCAGCAUGCUCAGACCUCCGCAGAGAUCUGGCCAAGCUCUAUCUCGACCUCGGACGCUAUCAGGAAUGCAUUCAGGAAAUGGAAAGGCAUCUGUCAGUGCCGCACGACGAGGCUUCCACGGACCAAGUCGCUGACAGGGUUAAGAGCUUCCUUCUUCUAUCUAGGGCCUAUCAGAAAGAGCUUGCCUUCACAGCCCUGCAACAUGGCGACGCGAGGGGGAUGAAUCUGUCCGUUCCUCAGUCCUUGGAAGCUUUGAAGGCAGCCAAGGAGACUUCCCUGAAGAGCCUUGCCGCUCUGGGCUUUGUUUUGGGCAAGAGUUCCGUCACUGAUGAUGAUGAAGAAGACGGAGAUCUUCACAUGCUCAGGAAGCUGGCUGCAGACGUUCAUUACCAGCUAGGUAUGCGAAUCCUUCUUCACUACUCGACGGAGGGCUGA